AAAAACUAGUAUACAUAUUACUAUAAAAUGUAAUGCAAAAAUUAAAAUUAUUCAUCUUAAAGAAACUGAAAUAAUUCAAUUUGAAUAUUACAAAAAUAUACUUAAUUAUAUAUAUACAAUUGAAGAUAUUAAUAAAUUAAAAUAUCCUGAAAUUAUUAGACAAAUUGUAACUGAUAAAGCAUGUAAAUCCUAUUCACCAAUAGCUAUUGUUAUUACUGUAAAAGAGUUUGCUAAAAAAGAAGAUCUAAUUAGUAUUGCUCAAUAUUUAUAUAGAAAAGAAGUUACAAAUAUUUAA